AUGGCUUCAGCUGGCCUGGAAAUCCUGGGCAUGAUUCUGUCUGUGGCUGGCUGGUUGGGCGCAAUGGUGGCCUGCUGCCUGCCCAUGUGGCGCGUGGCGGCGUACGUUGGUCAGAACAUCGUGAUCACACAGGUGGUGUGGGAGGGCCUGUGGAUGAGCUGUGUGGUACAAAGCACAGGCCAGAUGCAUUGCCAGAUCUACGAUUCCAUGUUAGCGUUGCCCAAUGACCUGCAGGCAGCACGAGCUCUGGUUGUCAUCGCUGUCUUCUUUGGUGUUGUGGGAAUGACUCUGGCCGUAGCAGGUGCCAAAUGCACCAACUGUACAUCGGAUGUGUCCAGCAAGCCUCGCAUCAUGCUGGGUGCUGGUGUGGCGUUCUGCAGCACCGGGCUCUUAUUGCUUGUGGCUGUGUGCUGGUCAGCCUAUACCAUUGUCCUGGACUUCCAUGACCCACUGCUGCAAGACACGCAAAAGAGGGAGUUCGGGAACUCAUUGUAUUUCGGCUGGGGUGCCUGCUGCCUGCUCAUCCUAGGGGGAGCCAUACUUUCCUGUUCGUGUACUUCCAGAGCACCCAAGGAUCCUGCGUCUCAAAGAGCACACUACACAUCGGUGAAAUCAGUGGCUUCAAAUGGAUAUUGCAGAAGGGACUAUGUUUGAGUGGUGUAGGUUGGUAAACGAGCGUUUGUCUAGUGAAAAUA